AUGAACUCAAUAGAGAACAAGAAUAAAGAGGCUGAUAAGAGUAAUAGAGCAGACUUAGCAAAUAACAAGUUUGCUGCUUUAAAGAACAAUGAUGAAGAGGAGAAUGAUAAAAGUGAUGAGAUUCAACAGAUAGCAAAAGAACAGGAGGCAGGCAAAAUAUGGUUAUUUUGGUCAGAAGACUGUAAUGGUCAAGUAAUUGCAAAUGAAGUACAACAAGUGACUCUUAGACUUAACAAUUCUUUUCUUCAGGAAGUGAUGAUAAUAGUAGUUUAUGCAAACUGCACUGCCAUUCAAACACAAGAAUUAUGGGAUUCAGUAGGUCAAAUUGCAAGGAAUUGUCAGCUCCCUUGGAUAGUGGGGGGAGCUUUUAAUGUUACACUUUCUGAAGAAGAAAAAUUAGGGGGUCUUCCAGUGCAUCAUCAGGAAACUAUUGAUUUUGCUCAGUUUAUAAACAAUUGUGGUUUGGUAGAAUUACAGUUCUCUGGUAGUAGAUUUACAUGGUGGAAUGGUAGAAUAGAAGAUGAUUGUAUAUUAAAAAGGCUGGAUAGAGUUCUUGGGAAUCAGGAGUUCAUACAACUACUGCCAUCUAGUGAAGUAUCUCAUCUCAUAAGAAAUGGUUCUGAUCAUGCUUCUUUACAUGUAGUUUGUGAUAGCAAUGAGGAAAUUUUUGUAAGACCUUUCAGGUUUUUAAAUUUCUGGACCAAGCAUCACAAGUUUAUGGAUGUAAUAAAAGAAAACUGGAGUUUAGAUUAUGCUGCUAAUCCCUUCAUAGAGCUACAGGGAAAGAUGAAAAAAGUCAAGAAAGCUUUGGCAAGGUGGAGCAAGGAGACUUAUGGCAAUAUCUUUCAACAAAUUUCCACUUUGGAGGAUGUGAUUAAGGUGAAAGAGCUGCAGAUGGAAACAAACCCUUCAGAGCAGACUAGAUCCUCUGAUUUUGAAAUGCUGAAGGCUAUUCCUACCCUAAUUAUUGGGGAGCAAAAUGAGGCAUUAAUAUCUUUGCUUAGCAUUGAAGAAGUAAGGGAAACAAUUUAUGGUCUUAAUGGGGAGAGUACCAGUGGUCUACAUGUUUUUUCUAGACAUUUUUUCCAAUGCUGCUGGAGUAUAGUGGGAUCAGAUGUCCCAAAGAUGGUCAGAGCUUUUUUCUAUGGUCAGGAGCUUCCAAG